AUGGCGGGGGGAGACAGGCGGUCUCCUCCCCGCUCCGGUGGGGGUGGUGGUGAAGGAUCUGGCGGUGGUGGUGAUAGGGAUAGGCAGCGGUCGGGUGUUGGAUCCCGCGGCGGCAAGAAGUAUGUGGAGGUGCAGUCUCCGCCCAAGGCGGGAGGAGGCAAAGCUAGCGGGAAGGGGCCGUCGGGUGGCAAGGCUGCUGUUGAUGAGGUUUCGGGAAAUUCCAAGGGGACCAAGCCCGGGGGCGAGUUAGCUGCAGGUGGCCUCAGGGCUGCUCGUGCGGGAGGUGCUGGACCCAAAGGCGGGUCGUGA